AUGGAGCGCCCUACUUUCUUCCGCGCGGCAGAUGACCUGGAUUUGAUGGCUCCGCUGAGCGACCUCAGCGACGAUGACCUUGCUCCAUGCGCAGCUCGUUCCAUGGCACUCAUGGCCAAGAAACGAGGACUGGCCCAGAAGCAGCCCGAGGCUCCAAAACCUGCAAGGAGUGGCCGACAGCUGUGGGCAGACAUCACUACGGACGAUGAAGACAACUUUCCUGCUUGGCCCCCCGCACCCAAAGCAGCACCUGUGACCACUGCCCCAGAAGUGAAGAUUUCGGAGACGAAGGGUGAUGAGUUACUGUGGGACCCCAUCGGCUUGGGCAGCUCUGAGUCCUACCUGACUGAUCUCCUGUAUCACAAGACUCAAACGAAGACAUCAGGCGCAGGCACUGUCUUUGACAAGUGGUCCUGGAGCACUGCUGCUACAGACUCUCCGGAUUCCACUCUUGAAGAUUUUCAAGCGGACGACGAAGACCAAACACCACAGGUUGAGGCGGUGCAGAGUGUUCAGAUGCCGGUGGGUCGGUCUCCGAACCAGAGCACAUAUUUGCAACGCUGGGAGAAAGCUCCGACAAGGCAGCCUGCGCAGCUUCCUUCGUUUCAGCUGCAGAUCCAGCCAACUCAGCCUUUGCAGCAGCCUAUGCAGCCUCUGCCUUUGCAGAUGCAACAGCCACAUCUUCAGACGCAGCCAAUGGCAAUGGUGCCUGUGCAGAUGCAACAGGAUAUCCCACAGGCCACGACGCCUGGCAUGCUCUUAGCUGUUCCUUACCCCAUGCCCAUGGACUGGCAAAAAGAAAUGUCCAUGGGCAUGGGCAUGCUGCCUAUGGUCAUGUCGACGACUGGACACCAGGCGACGGUGGCACCAGAGGGCCCACCUAUGGGCACGACGCAUCGCUUUCACCAGAAGAAUUCGAACAUGGGCAUGCUCUCUUCUGAUGCCCGCACUUUCACCAAGAAGUACAACAAAGGCAGAUUGAGCAUUGUGUCGGAGAACAAGGUGCACUUUCAAGGUACUGUACGCUACUCUUUGCAGUUUACGGAGGGUGAGUUGUGCAGUGCUGAUGGCGUUGGUUUCAUCCUGUCCUCGGACUUGCCUUGCACGCGGAACAUUCAGAAGAUCAUUUCCGUUUUCGUCAACCGCACCGGCCGCAUUUGCAUCCGCGUCCAUGACGAAGUGGUGCGAUGCAGUCGGAGAGUGAAGGAUCCCUGGGAAGCAAUGAGCAUACUGGCAGACAUCAUGUCCCAUAUGCCUUAUGGCAUCCAUGAGCUUGACGUGGGUGAUUGGCUGGAGGUGAGCGCUGAUUUGGUGAAUCAAUCUGUGAGCUUCACAGUUUGGCCGCAGGACAAGUCACAGCCAUCUUUCGCCACAGUGUCCUUCAAGGAGGUUCUGGAGAACGCCCGCGGUCGCGUCAACGGCGUCCCACGCAAUCCAUGCGGAUUCCUCGCUGUUGUCAUCAAACACGUUGGCGUGUCUGUUCAGUUGGCUUCAUAA